GUUUCACUUUCCUGUAAGUAUCUGUGACAGUGCCACAUCACUUCCUGUUGGCCGGAGGACAAAAACAUAUAAAUAAAAGAUCUGCCCACACAAGCAGCAGCAGCAGUAAAGUUGACCAGGCUGACGUAUUGUCCUCUCAAGCUUUUCUUUUACUGCACUGAUCAGCUGUCAGACUUUACUGAACCACCAGCUCCACCGGCACUGACAGGAUGGAUCUGAAAAUGUGGAUGUCUACCUUCAAGAAAGCAGCCAAAGAUCUCCAGCCUGGAGACACCUGGAAUCUGGAGUUUGAUUCCAAUAUUGAGCCCAGCUGUCCUGAGCCCGGAUGGAAGCAGUACAUCACGCAGACCAGUGCAUGGUUUAAGUGCAGCCUGUGUCCAAGGGGCUGGCCCUCCAACGUAGUGAAGGUGCUCUUCCAGAUGCACCUGGAAGGCAGCACGGGCACCGUCAAAGUGAGGGUCUUUAGUCAGAAGUGCCAGAACUGCAGCAAUGCCCCGAUGGAGGAUCCCAUCGUAGAGCCGGAGAACAUCACUAUCCUCAUGAUGAACCUGGUGACGAAGAUUAGAAUUAAGUGCUACAACGAAGACCUGGAUGACGUCAAACGCGAUCAGAGGAAGCUCGAAGUCAAAAGUUCCCACGAUCCUGCCAACUGCGAGGGAUGUCGUUUAGGCGUCUGUGGAGACUAAAGUGUGACGCUCCGAGAUCGCAUAAUUUUGUGCCGUUGCUUUUGGCAUCGCUUGUAACUCUGUUUUAUUAAUAAAUGGACCUAAAAUAAUACCUUGCCCAGAUUUAAUAUCCUGGGGGGGAGGGAUGUGUUGUUUUGAGAUUGUAACAAGAGUUUUUGAAUUUGUUGUUAUGCUCUUAUUAAACUAUCAUUUCUAAAAAAACUCUCUCUCUGUCUCUCU